UCUGUUGCUUUGUUUCCAAAACAAACCUACCAUAUGCUUGGGCGAUCUGUUGUGUCGAUAUUGACCAUAAAUAUCACAUGAGUAUAACGUGAAAGAAUUUUAUGUCACUUUUGUAUAAACACAAAUCUACGUGCGUUGGUGUAACCAAUUCUGUAUACUUUUGCAAAGUAUAUGAAAGUAUAUUUACUGAAUACCGACAUAGGAAUGGAUAACUGACAGGAAUAUAGGGUGGAGUUGGCAAAUUGUGUGGGUUGUAAGGUCGUCGCCACCGAAGCAAGUAUUGAUUAUACGAGGCGUAUGAGGGUAAUGACCCAGGCCGUCUGUGACCUGCCUCAAAGAUGUUUAGUCUGUAGCAGGUACCCUAGAAUUCAGACCGAUUGUCUGCUUUGGAUAGUGACGACCCGUCUCGGUGCAUAUUGUCUGUGAAUCUUGUUAAGUACUGGGCACUUGGGCGUUGCAGGUGUGUCAAGGUAAAAUCAGUUUCAAGUGCUCAAGGAUUGAGCUAAACAUAGAUGGAACUAAAUACUGACAGUUCUCCAACUGGAAAUGGAGUACCUUUCAAAGUUGUUGACUUAACACGAGAAAAGAGGAAAGGUGUUGUGGCAGCUACAUUACAGGAUCUUAUUAUUCGUGCUCGUAAUAAAAUGGACCUUCCAAGGGAUAUUCCUGUGAAGAUUGUCUUAGAACAAGAUGGCACAGAAGUUGAUGAUGAUGAGUAUUUUAGUACCAUGGAAAGAAACACCACUCUUAUGAUUCUAAUUAAUGAUCAGAAAUGGUUACCUCCAGGAAAAUUGCCCAGGUAUCAGAUAAUAGUAGAUGAACCGGAUUCUAGUGGGACACAUACCAAAAGGGAUUUAGGUGGUUUGGUAGAACGGUUACAAGGUGAUCUUACUCAUAUAUCAAUGCUUGGAGGAAAAGACCUGGAAUUACUGAGUGACAUGGACCCUGAAAGUUUAGCAGACAUCAUGCCAGAUAAGGCUUUAGAUACAUGGAUGAUGCUAUAGUUCCAGUCAGUAGAACUCAUUGUCUGCAAUUGCAAGCAGCUCAUCUGUAAGUGUGGUACAGGCUAAGACUCGACUGUUGCCUGUUCCAGCAGAACCUUCCUAGAGCAGCUGAAGGAAGCUAGUGGAAGAUUCUUGACAGAAAAGCGACAGGCUCAGGAAGCCAUGGAGUUGCUCAAAAUAUACCAUGCCUCCAAAUAGAAGGAGCAUAUGAAAGUAAAAGUGGACAGGUAUUCUGAGGUAUGAAUGGGGACUUUCCUAGCCCACAGUUGGGUGAGUUACUUUUUAUACAUGUUUGAAUUAAUCUGUAUCAAAUGGUAGAAACUUGAAACUACCCUUUUCCUGUGGAAGCAGGUAAAAACUAGUGAUAUCAUCAGGUUUUUCAAAGAAUUAACAUAUGAAUGUAAAACAAUCAAUACAUGUGCAUUAACAAGAGUUUGCUCCAAAAUUAUUUCACCAGAUAUUAUAAAUUGCUCAUAAAAGUACUCUUUUAAUUCCAUUAAAGUCAUUGCAUUACUGUAAAAAGGAGGCUGUGUUGGAUUUCAUACAGUGCAUGUACAGAGUUUCCAGUAUAAUAUAAUGAAGUGUUAUGAUUAAUGUAUGGUUUUGCAUUGUGUAGAUUAUAUCCAGUGGAUUCUUCAAGUUUUUACAUAUAAAAUCUUUGUGCAUUGGUUUUAAAUUAGUAUUUUUAAUGUUAUUAAGAAAUGUAACACCAAUAUUGCUUCUGCAAGAGGAAUGUACAUACCCGCAAAACAAUUUUCAAUAAAUGUAUACAUACAUUUUUAAAUUUACUCAUAGCACUUAUAGUUUCCAGUCAGGAAAAUGGCAACUUUCUUUUUAAUCAUCAGAUACUGUUCAGAUUUUCCAUACCUCUGUUGCUUUCAUGCUACUUUGUUCUAGAAUAAUCAUGACACAGUGAUGUGAUUUAUGUGUUAGCAUGUAUUUCUAUGACUCAGAAGCCACUAAUAGUAGGUUAAUUAUUUCAGAUGGUGGCUAACCAAUUAGAAAGCUGUUCAUCAUAUAUAGUACAAGUAUUAAUGGGAGAAUCCAAAAAUCUGUAUUGUAUUUUGUCCAACAUUGUCACAUAUCAGUCUCAAAACAUUAAAUUAAUGCAAUCUGAAAUACUGGUUUAUCUUAUUGUUUGCUACUAUGAUAAACUAUAGUUCAGAGUACAUACUAAAAUAAAAAGAACAUAGUUGGAAUUUAGAGUUGGUUUGUAAUUAUUUAAUAUUAAACAUUUUUGCUAGUGUUUGAAGUAGUGUUAGAGUGCAGACCCUCUGUAUUUUCUUCAUUUAUUUCUGCUGUGUACAUUAUUUUGUAUCACUAUACUGUUAAUCUGCUUUUACCAAUACAUUUCCGUGCAACCAACUUCUCACUGCCACCUUUAAUGUUAAGUAAAACAAAACAUAAAUAUUCUGAAUAAGGAACUGUAAUUAGUUGCAACAGUAUUUUUAGGCAUGAUGCAUCUGUUUGUCAAGUGACUUGCAUUUUUGUGGUAUACCUAACCUCCAAUAGUGAUACGAUACCUGAGCAGCCCUGGGUGGACAAAGACAGGGGUUCUAAACCUGUAGUAAAUGUACUCCACAUACAUUAAAUGUUACAGAAAACAAAUAAUGGGAUUAGUUUUCUGAUAAUUGUAGAGCACGCUUAAUAUUUACAGAUUACACAUACCAUGCUUGGAGAAAAGUGGCCUAAAAAGGUUGGGAACUACUGUACUAAGGUAAAGCAGGGUAAUGAAGUUUCUUAUUUUUGUGUAAUAGUACUUAUGACAGCUAUGAGACCCGCUGUUUUCUGUGCCCUUUUAAAUGCUUGUGGUACUGUAAUUGCAGUUAGAAAUUUAAUCCCUAUUAGAAGACGUUUAUUUUUUUACUAUUAGUGAAACUGUAUUCUUAGAUUGUUAGUGAAUCUUUUAUAUGGAAUGUAGAAAAUAUUUCCUCCAAGAAUAACAUUUUUCUGAAUAUCACUGGGCCUAAUUUCACCAGUUUUAUGUAUGCUGUAGUGAAUAUGGUGUUCCUCUGGGUCCAGAUUCCAGCUAAAGAACCAAAGAAAAGUAAAUUAUCCUUUGUAGAUUAAAUUUUCUCCAGAGUUUAUUUCAGUGUAUAGGUGUUGGUUAAGCCACUUGAAAAAUCUUCAUGAUACUUUAAAAUUUAUUUGCCACCCUUGGUGAAAUGGCAUGUUUAAUUUCUUGCUGCAUUAUAUAACAGAAUAAAUGUUAAAUGUUUCAUUUGAAGAAUAUAAAAAUAUGAAGAAUAUGAAACAGACAACAGGGAACAUGAACCAAAAGUAUAGAAAAUGAAGCAAAUUUGAGUGGGUCUCUUUGACCUACCAUAGAUAUACUAAUGUUUAACAAAUAAUUAUUUAAUAAAGUGCUUGUAUUCCAGUCCAUUGUCUCAUUCUGAACUGUGCUUGGAGCCUAUUUAUUCAAGUACAAUGUUUAUUGAAGUAAUGUUUAAUCUUGCAUGUUAGAGUGUAAAGUCUGAACAUUUCAGUCAUGUGAUUAGCACAUCUGCUUUGCAUUCAUGAGGUCCCAGAGACCAGCUAUUCUCACUGAGAUUUCUAUGGCUUUCCGUAGUCCCUCCAGGCAGGUGCUGAGAUAAUACCUUAAAUUAAGACAUGGUUACUUUUUUGUACAUCCUUGCCUAUUUUUUAUUGACUAAUAAUCCUAUCACUAAACACUUUAAAGCUCAGUGGUAACUAUUUGCACCAUAUGCUUUAACAGUCACUAACUUUGCAUCUUUCCCACCAUGUUUCAUAUGAUUAUUAGAGUAAACAGCAACUAUUCCCUGAAAUAGUGUUAACCAGUUGAUCUUUGUAAUGGAUAAGUCAUUAUUUAGAUAGAAGUUAGUUUAAGUUAUUUCAGAUCCAAGACGAUGUGACCUUCUGGGCUGACACUUUGCAGCCUUGUUAGUGGUUAUUAAUUUUUGGGGGGGAACAUAAUGCCUCCAUCUUCAGGGUAAAAGUACUGCAUACAAGAGUUCACAGUGCCACAGCCCAGAAGACCAUAGUCUGAAAAUUAGUUUAAACAGUAUGCAGUAGUUUUUUGAUGUACCAGUAUUAGAGAAAAGAAUGCAAGCUGUGUUAUUUGCAUGAAAAAUAUUUUGAGAAGAAGGUUUUCAGUUUUGUGUAUAUGUAGGGCAUUCAGAAGUUUAAGAUAAGAGCAAGCAUAUACUUCAGUGGUCACAUAGCUGUCACUAUGAACUUUUUAAUACAACACAUUCACCAAUAAUGAAUACAUGCAGAACAUUAUAGUAAAUGUAUUUGUAUUAAUAUUGUUAACCAAGUUUAGUUUGCAUUGCUGUAAAUAGUGCGACUUUAAAGAAUGAGUACAUUGAAAAUUGUUUCUGAUUGAAAGAAAGUCAUGAUAAAGAUUUAUAGAUAGAUGGGACCUCAUACUGUAGCUAUGUAGUUAUCUGAUUACAGUUUCUUAUACUACUACAUUUUGUUGUAGCCUGGACAUGUAUGGUAUUGGCAGAAAUUACUGUUUGUUAAAUGGUAGAGUAUUUUGCAAGGAGAGAUUUUCUGUCACUGGAAGGUUUAGUUUAAACAGUAGUGUACUUCAAAGUAUACUCGGUGUUUCCAAGGAGUAGCUUAUAAACGUUAGACAGAUUUUGUUGUGGUUAUGAUGUAAAAAAUGCAUUGAUCUACCAUGGGAGUGAAUAUAAAUAUGUGCAACCAUUAGUCUUACAGUUUUAUAAAAUGUAAAGCAUUAAUGAUUUCUCAGACUGCGAAGAGCAAGUCUGAUUGUGCAGUUGAAAUUUUGGAAAGGAAAGUAUUUUAAGAACAGGUUUGCCUAAUACCAAAUGUUUUAUAAAUGCAGAUGCUUGAAUAAAUCUUUAUAUGAAACAAGACCAAUUUGAUAGUGGUGUACUGAAAGCUGCAAUAGCAAGUGACAUUGUUAUAUUCUGAAUCAAAUGACAACCUGCCUAUACAGCAUGGUUUCAUUAGAGCAGUGAAUAUCAUCAAACAAAUUUAAUAAAAACAAACUAUGCACUUAGGCUUGAUUUCAUGCAAUAUGCAAUAGCUGUAAUAUUGACAUACAUAUUAAAUAUGUGAAGCUAGAAGCAUAUUAUGACACAAGUAGGAGAAUGUAAUUCCUCAGAGUGUCUCGAUAGGAAGUGAAAACAGUUUUCAUUUUUGUUAUGAAUUUGGAAAAAUACUUGGUAAAGUAAAUGAAUUGAUCUAUUCUUGCUCAGGGGGUUGACAUUGUUACAUAAAUACAUUACAUUUUUCAAGUUAAGAGACAUAAUUUGGAUUAAUUAAGUGCUGUUGUAAGAUCUGUUCAGGAGAUAGUAGUAUUAAAAUGUAUCUUAGGGAAAUUGGUUCUGAGGAUGUGGACUGGAUUGAACUAGAUUAUAAUUUUAUCGAGCAUGAAGCUUCACCAGUACUCUGUAUGGUUUUAUUAUCAUACAGUUAACUCUUUAUUUCUAUAAUCCCCAUCCAUCCAUAUUUCCAUGUAUAUAAUACCAUUUUCCAUAAGUGUUUGGUUUAACUGAAGUGAUUUGUUAAAUUAUUUUUUAAGUCAUAUCUUGGGACUAUUAACCAAAAAACAACAACAUAUUUUUAAUGGGAAAGACAACACUUCUAUAGAUACGUCAAAGAAAUCUAUGUUAUUUAUUGAAAUUACCAUUGACUAGUAAUGUUAGUGAGGUAUAUGGUCUAUAAAAUUGCAUUAUAUACUUUAAUAUGGAAGAUACUCUAUUGUCAGUGUGUAACAAACUGUGGAAAAGUUCUGUAGGCUGCCACUACUACAAUUAAAAUGGUCCCAUUUACUUAUUUUUAUCUUCAGAUAUUUGUCUUUUUUCUUUAUCAUAACAUUUAUGGGCUUAAAUUAUUUUUAUUUUAAGUUUGUAACUAUAAAAUUAAACUAGUUUUAUUUUUCUCAGUACUUUCAUUUUUUGAUUACAGUUCUAACCCUGUUCAGUUAUUAAAAUGAAAAUUUGUCUUGUCAGUGACAUUGUUAUGAAGAAAUAAAUUGAAACCACUGAACUCAAGUCAAGACAGUUAAACUGCAUUUUUUAAAAUGUCCUUAAACAAGGAAAGAAGAUGACGUUCCAGGAAUUAAAGCGAGAAGCCGAGAAUAGGGACAACUGGAGAGCUCUUUUUGGGCAGAGCAAUGGACCUGUCGUAAGACAGAACACUUAAUAAUAAUAAUAGUUGAUAAUCUACCUUUGAAGUUUGCAACUUCUGUAACAACUCUAAACUGCGUAAGAAACUGAAGAACACAAUCAAUAAAGCACACUUUCCCAUCAAUAAUUAAAUCUGAAUCCAGUAGUUCGGAAGAUAAGAAAAUACUGUAUAGUAUAUAAAUGCAUAUUUAAGAGGUGUACUUGUUUGAUGCAGUUUAGUUAGAUUAAUAAAAAACUGUAAACAUUUAUGAAAUGUUUAAUAUGAACAGACCACCAUUAAAUUAACUCAUUGAGGAAAACUAAUAAAAGUGAACAUUUGUCAAAUGUUUUGCAUUUAUUGCAGCAACACAGUGGUUACACCUUUGUUCUUUAUGUUCAUAAUAAGCCUCAACCCAGAUAUGGAAUUCAUUUUCCCACCUUGCACUCCCCUCCUCACUCAUUUAUCCAGAUUUGGAAAAGUUGGUGCCUGGACAGGAUGUAUGUAAUUUUAAAUAUGUGGGAUUUGCAGGCUUUUUUUUUUGUUUAUUUUGCAAAACUGUCAGGUAAUUUUAUUUUUUGCUUGAAGUCAAGUCUGAGAGUGCAUUUUUAUUGUUAAUACUAAGUGGCUAAUGUAAAAUUUAAUUGUAAAAUGGCAUAGGCUUACAUUUUCUGAAGCCAAUGACAUUAUAUGCUACAAUCCAUAAAUGGCCAGUGUUAAUGUGGAUUCAAUCUACAAAAGCCCUGGACAAUGAUUAUUGCAAGACUGAUCGGCUGUGGGAAUUAUAACACAAUUAAUUGCUCAAAUUUCACCAAAACUCAUGUCAUCUCUAAAUACUUUUGCAUUGACAAGGAAACACUUUUUAACCUUUUUGAAGCUUAUAAGAAAUUGUGAAACAAAGUAAGAGAUGUGUCCUGAAAAAAAAAACUAUAUGUAGUGUUUAUAAGUGUGUUUGAUGUAUGUAUGGUUUUCUUAUGUGUAACAAAAAAUUAAUAAACAGAAAUGAGAGAUAAUUGUAGUGCCAUAUCAGUGGAGGGAAUAAUUAAGUUUAAAAAAAUCUAAUUUUAUGUAUACUGACAACCAUCGUAUGGAUGUAUGUAAACAUAUUCGCAUAGGUUGCUAGUACUUACCAUUUGCAGGUUUAAUACAAAAAGCUCAGUAUUUUAUCAUACUGCAUUGUAUUAUUAUAUUCUGUUAAGUUCACUGGACUGCUGUGCUGUGUAUAUGCCAGUUCUCCAUGUAUAAUUGAUUGCUACUGGUAUAAUUAUGUGUGAUUGUUUGUUAUAUGGUACUGUACUGAAAUUUUAACACAUAUUAGUGUAUUCCCAUAGAUAUGUAUUGUACCUCUUCUGUUCUGAAGAACUAGGACCACAUUUAAGAGAAAUUGAAUCUGAUCUGGUCUGUAUAUCUUAUGCUUUAACUGUGUCCUGUGAGCAGAUUGAAAGGUCAGCUGACUUAAAAUUUUCUGUGAUCCAUACAAAGACUGUCUCAUUUAUUCCCUUAUACCAAAACAUAAUAACAUGAAAGCAGUAUUAUUCACCCAAGAUUACAUAAUUCCCAUGUAAUACACAUAUUUGAAUUUACACAGGUGAGAGGAGAAGCAGCCCUUUUGGGAACCAGAAAGGAGGGUAUGGAUGAGUGGGAGUGAGACACCAGUGUGGUUGGGAAGCAGUAAGGAUGGAAGUGGGAAGCUGCCGCAUUCCACAUCACUUGUCUGUAUCCUCUUUUUUUGUCCCCUAAAAGGGACACUUUUUCUCUUUUAUUUUCUUCUGCCACUCUACCUUCUGGCGCCAUGGCUCAGACAUGGCUUUAUCUCCCUCAUCAUAAUCUCAGUGCCUCUGAUUGGCCAGUCCAUCUCCUUUCCCUAAGCCAUCCCCCUUUGCACAACACUCCUCAUAUCUCCCACCAGUAGCAACAUCCCUUAGUAUGAACACAUCAAGCAAGGCCUUCAGUCAAGACGCCAAAACCCAUCAGCAUACUCACAUCCCCAGUUAUAUAGUUUGAUGUACUGUUAUGCAGUUCCAGUUAUGUGUUUCAUAUGCAAGAAUGGUUUAAGAGGACGGGUCAUUUUGUGCUUCCUACAAGACUCUACCCUUAGUUAGCUUUUGGUUGUUGAAUACUCCUCACUUUAGCCCUGAUGGUGGAGCAGUAUGUUCAUCUGAAGCAUUGGCAGCACAGCCCACUUCCAUAUGGUGCCAGCACUGAAAAGCAGGGUCAGCGUCAAAGAUUUUCUUUGUAGCAAGGACAGGACUGGGUGAGGAGUGAGGUUCUGAAUAGGAGUUUAAUAGAAGGUUUUAUGAUAAUUACAGUGUUAAUCUCUCUCAUAUGCAGCAAACAAUUUUAAUACAAAAAUGUUGGGAGGUGACAUUUUCAUCCACAGAUGUUUACAUGAGUAUAAGCUAACUUAACCAUUGUUUUGAUUUGUUUGAAAGUAUUGUAUGGAUCAUUGUCUGAUACCUUUGUGUCUUAAAACAUAUUCCAUGGUUUUAAGGAGUCUACGGUUAACUGAAGUUAUGGACACGAAAAUUCACUAACAUCAUUGUUUCAAGUGGUAAUCCACAAACUAGCAACCAUUGUUGAUGGUUUAUUUUAUUCCAGUUUGCAAAUUGUAGUUAGCAUUGUUAUGUGUUGGAAAAUUAACUCAUUUAAAACCUUUUAAUUUUUUUAUAGUUUCUGUCCUUGUUCAUACUUCUGAAUUGUGAAUUUUUACUAUGGGCACUUAUGGCAUCUAUUUGACUUUAAUACCGUAUAGGUAUUUUAGUUAUUAUGUUGUAAAUAAUUAUGUUUAGGCUUGCUGGCAAUAAUUAUGUUUGUAAAUGUUGCUUUGUGAGAUAGACUGAACCAAUCAUAAAACCCACUUCUAAUAUACAAAUCCUUGAAUCAGAAGAGGUUGGGAACCAUUGAGCUGCAUAAUAUUUUUCUGAAGAAAUUUCACACAUUCUGAAUUAACUAGUUAGGUACACAUUAGUAUUAUAAUUCUGUGUGUUUACACACUUAAAACUCCUCAGUGAAGUUCUUUCAAUCACGUUAAACUGAUAUUUGCUGCAAAUUUGUAAGACACAUGUUAUUAAUGGAAUUUUUAUGGUUGAUGUUGAUAGGUAGUAUCAGAGUUACAUUUCAUGUUCCACACGUUUUUAAGCUAAAGGACAAUAUUAAAAACUUCUUCAUACUACUAAUUUUAGAUAAAUGUGUUGGUUCAGUAUCACUCUGUGAAAUUCUCUUGAUACUCUUAAUGCACCCUGAUGUAGAACUCACUUGUUAUGUGAACUGUAGGGAAGUGAUAUAUUUAUACAAGAAGGAAAAAGGGGGGAUUGUUUUUUAUACUUCAUAUCUGACCAGAGUCAAAGGUUUUAAAGUUACAAAAUUUUACUCUCCAAUACAGUUUGGUGUAUGUUAGAAGAAAUUGGAUGUUCCUCCAUCAGUUCCUUAUUUUGUUAUUAGACAUGAUUUUACAGGGUACUAGAUAGGGAUGAGUGGUCAGUGUCACACCCCGGCCACGCUUUUCCCCUGGGAGAGGACCCCAGUACCCAUUGGAUAGAAGGCUAGGUGGAUCCCAGAGCCAGGCUGGAUGCAGAAACUGGAGGAUAAUUCCCCUGCCCCCAUUAAACAUCAGGACUUAAUAUUCCUCUGAAUUUGUUACUUACUAAGCAGGUGCUUAGUCCUCGGAUGAAGAUUGGUUCUUUUUUUAAGCAAAAAUUAUGUUUUUAUUUACGUAAUUUGACAUAAAAAAUUGUAAAUCGAGGGAUAGAUGUAUUCUUUGGAAAGUAUCAAAUUGAAAGUGCUCAUGUUCUGCAGUUUUCUAAAUGCAUUUUAUACUGAACUAUAAAUAAAAUGUUUUUGUUUGGUAAGUUAUUCAUUUUCAACAUUGUAUAUUACUGUAAUUUAUUUUAUUAACACAGUGCAGAUUACAAAGAUUGUUUAAUUUUAAACAACUAAUGUUCAUAAUAGAGAACCUUUGUUUUCUUAGAUAAGGUUUACAGUAAAUUUGGGCCUGUACAAAAUUUACUGCUGACAUUGUCAAGAUAUAUUCACAUUAUCCUUUUCAAUUUUAAAUGAUAUGUUUGAAAUGCUGGAAAGCUGGGAAUGAUAUUCUAAGCAUACAUGCAGUCUUUUGAUGAAAGUUUUUACAUUUCAAAUGUGUGAUGAUGUUAAAAUAAGAAAACACAUUCUGUGGACAUUCACAUUUUAUUGUUGUAGCAAGGAGUAUGGUUGUACAAAUUAAAUUGCAGCACAUUUUCUGGGCAUGAGUGAGUCAUACGUUUUAAUAUAUGUUGGCUAGACUGUCAGUGCCAGUGUAUUUAUAUUCAUACUAUUUUAGUAUAAGAACAAGUUCCACUUACUAUGGGCAGAGAAUUCAGAAAGAUUACUUAAAAAGUCUUUGUUGACAUAACUUUAAUGCAGUUAUUCUAGUAAGUUGGUACUAUUCUGCAUUCCAACAAGAUUUGCAUUAUGAUUAUAAUCUUAUGUGUUCUGAGUAUUCCUAUAUUAUUAUAUCACAUACAAAUGCCAUUUUAAAUGUAUUAUAGAAAUUAUCUUUGUGCUGUUAAGUGUUUAAUUCACGUCCUGAUGAAGUCUUUUAAGAUGAAUAAAAUAUUUUUAAUUUGGACUGAAAUUAUAACUUGCAAGAAUAUGUCAAAACCAGGCUGUAAUAAAGUAUUUCAGGGCCUUA